UUCCCACAGAUGAAACAUGAAGAGAGGAAUGCGGGUGUCAAUGUUUCCACAGUGAAGCAGUUUGUCCUCUUGGGAUUCUCUGACCUUCCUAACCUCCAAGGGCUUCUAUUUGGGAUAUUUUUCAUCAUGUACUUGACAAUCUUAAUUGGAAAUAGCAUCAUAAUUGUGAUAACAAGGAUUGACCCUGCCUUACAGAAACCCAUGUAUUUUUUCCUGGCAAAUUUUUCUUCUCUGGAAAUAUGUUAUGUGUCAGUAACUCUCCCUAGGAUUCUGUUCAACAUUUGUAUGCAAGAUAGAUUCAUUUCUAUUCUGAGUUGUGCCACCCAGUUAUGCUUCUUCCUUAUGUUGGGGGCAACUGAGUGCUUCCUCCUGGCUGUGAUGUCCUAUGACCGCUAUGUGGCCAUCUGCAACCCUCUGCACUAUCCUUUGAUCAUGAACCCAACAAAGUGCACUCAGCUAGCAGUGUCCUCUUGGCUUGGGGGUAUCCCAGUCCAGAUAGGGCAAACCUGUCAGAUAUUCUCACUGCAUUUCUGUAGUUCUAACAAAAUUGAUCACUUCUUCUGUGACAUACCUCCUAUUCUCAAGCUAGCCUGUGGCGACACGUCUGUGCAUGAGUUGUCUGUCUACAUAGUAGCUAUGCUGUUUGUUGCAUUCCCUUUUAUGUUGAUUCUUGCUUCUUACAGCAAAAUCAUCACCACCAUUCUGAAAUUACCAACUGCUAAGGGACGGGCCAAAGCCUUUUCCACAUGUUCUUCCCACCUGCUGGUGGUGGUCUUAUUUUUUGGAUCUGCUACAGUUACCUAUUUGAGGCCAAAGUCCACUCAUUCUGCAAGAACUGACAAACUGCUCUCUUUGUUCUACACUAUUGUGACUCCAAUGUUCAACCCAAUGAUAUACAGCCUUAGGAAUAAAGACGUGAUUGCAUCCCUGAAAAGACUAUUGUAUAAAAGAUAG